AUGCUGGAGGUCCUCGCUCGCGCCGCUUCGUCUAUCCGCUGCGGGACUCAAUGCCUCGCCGGUUUCCGCGGCACCGGAGGCUGGAGUAACAGUCCUACGGGGAGAGGUAAAUGGUAUUGUCGACGUGCUCGUGGUCGAGAUGGGCGUGUCGACACCGAACGCAGUUGCACCGGUGCCGCUGCCUAUGAUGCGAUACGCGGUCGCCCAUGGCGUCUCGUAAGGAUACGGGAGCAUCUAUUGCAAAUCAAGAGCCUCCUGCCGGCGGGUAGUGUUCUAAGCCGUGUCGGAGAAGUUGUCGCGGUGGUCGUGAAAGAGCGACGGCCUGUACGGAAAGUCUGCGUCAACGCCGCUCCGACCUCGCCCGCGCAUCGAUUCAGGCAGAUCAUGGUCAGCGCUGUUGCUAUCAUCAGUGCAAGUGGGAGAGCUACCUCAGUUGUAUGCCGUGCUUGCGUAAGCGGCGGUCGUGGUGGAAGUACAAACAAGUUGACGGGAUGCUCUGGCGUGCUCUAA